AUGCCGCAGCGCAGCCGCCACCGGGCGGCGACUGACGGACCGGACGAGAGCGGCGAGUUAUCGCCAACGGAACCCGGAAGGACACUCGCCGACAGUGACGCACCACGUGAAGUGAACGGUGCGAACGGACAAGUCGAACUCAGUGAUCCCCCGACUGACCUUUCAUUAUAUCCCAUAGCCAUAAUUGAACUCUGUGAUCUCGCGCGAACUGUG